AUGAUUCCGAGACUGAGUUGGCUGGCAAGAGGCCUUCUCCUUUUGGGGACUUUGUGUGGAGUCCCUCACCUCUCCAUGGGGGAGAACUCUGACACCCCAGAUAAAGGAGUCACAUUCAGCCAUGUCUAUAAGAUUGAUCUGCCCAAGGGCUCUGACUGCAAACUAGGCUCUCAAGCAUUACUAUCCCAGGACCAAGCUGCAUACAGUCAGGGUGACCUGCAGGAAGUGACCGUUGAUGGUGAGAAUGACAUUGUCUUCAGACACAACAUCAAGCUGCAGACACCAGCGUGUAGCUGCACCGAUUCAGAUGAAUUUAAGUCUCUGCUUUACCGUGUCAACGGCCUGGAGGAAGAGGUCAGCUACCUGAAGAGUCAGUGUGCACAGGGCUGCUGUUCUCGAGGAGCAGGUGUGGACACCAGCUGCAGUGGACAUGGUGCGUACCAGCAUGACUCCUGUAGCUGUAAAUGUGACCCGGGCUGGGAGGGGCCUGACUGCUCGGUCUCCACUUGUCCCGACGAGUGCAAUGAUAACGGGCGAUGCGUGGAUGGGCGAUGCGUCUGUUACGCCGGCUACUCUGGCCAUGACUGCAGUCAGCUGGCGUGCCCCAACAACUGUAACGACAAAGGCCAGUGCAUCGACGGGAAGUGCGUGUGCUUCAGCCACUUUACCGGCGAUGACUGCAGCGUCCAGCGAUGCCCCAGCGACUGCGUCGGAAACGGACGCUGCGUUGACGGGCAGUGCGUCUGCGAUGAAGGAUUUUAUGGAGAUGACUGCUCCAUGGUGAUGGGCCCCAAAGGCUUAAGAAUCGUCACGGUAACGGAUGUGUCUCUCCUGGUGGAGUGGGAGUUUGUGAGAGGGGCUGAGUACUAUGUCCUAUCCUACUACCCAGAAGGGGAUAACGGUGCCCUUCAACAAAUCACGGUGCCCAACACGGAGAACUCUUAUCUGAUCACAGGGCUCCGACCAGGGAUCACCUACAUUGUCGAAAUCUAUGCUGUGAUCAAGGGGGUGAACAGUGAAGCUGACAGUGUGGUAGCCACCACUGAUGUCUCAGGCAUAGAGGGUAUUCGAGUGCUGGGUCAAACAGAAGACUCCAUCCAGGUGGACUGGCAGAACCCUGCAGCUGAACUAGACCACUUCAGACUGACGCACACCGACCCAGACGGGCGUGAAGAAGAACAGAACGUGCUGAUGAGCCAGGAGGCCCGGACCGUGCACACCAUCGCCGGCCUUAGCCCUGGGACGGAAUAUCUGAUAAGUGUACAGGCCAUCAGAGGGAGUACAGCAGGCAAGACCUCUUCAGUGACAGGGGUAACAGACAUAGAUGGCCCCACUAACCUCUUGACCAGAGAGGUGACGGAGGACACGGCGACUGUGUCAUGGGACAGGGUCAGUGCGGACAUUGACGGCUACAUGCUGAGUUACAGCUCUGCGCUGGGCUCCAGUGAGGAGAUUGCCGUGGGAGCAGAUACAACCUCUUACCAGCUGACUUCUCUGAGGCCUGGAGUGGUCUACACCAUCUUCCUCUGGGCCUACAAGGGUUCCCGCAGCAGCAGGAAGAGCUCCACGGAGGCAGAGACGGACAUAGAUGCUCCUACUAACCUCUUGACCAGAGAGGUGACAGAGGACACAGCGACGGUGUCGUGGGACAGAGUCAGUGCGGACAUAGACGGAUACAUGCUGAGUUACAGCUCCGCAGAGGGCUCCAGUGAGGAGAUCCCUGUGGGAGCAGACAGCACCUCCUACAGACUCACUUCUUUGAGACCGGGCGUCGUCUAUACAGUCUAUGUGUGGGCAGUAAAAGGCUCUCGCUCCAGCAGGAAGGUUUCUACGGAAGCAGAGACAGAAAUUGAUGCUCCCAAGAACCUUAGAGCCACUGAUAACCAGCAGGACUCUGCAGUCAUAACCUGGACAGCCCCACUGGCAAGCAUUGAUGGCUAUAUCCUCACUUACAGAGCAGAGGAUGGAAGUGUCAAGACUGUUGAGAAGAAACUUCAGGCACGAGACAAAAAGUUUGCCCUCUCUGGACUGGUGAUGGGGACAAAGUACAUUGUCACUUUGAUUGCCUACAAGGGGUCAAAGAGGAGCAGAGUUGUGGAAACCACCUUCAGUACAGUGGGCUUGGCAUACCCUUUCCCAAUGGACUGCACACAGAUUAUGAAGAAUGGUUACACAAACAGCGGAGUAUACACCAUCUACGUCAAUAAUGACCGCAACAAACCCAUGCAAGUUUACUGUGACAUGACAACCGAUGGUGGUGGCUGGGUUGUUUUCCAGAGACGCAGGACAGGCAAGCUUGAUUUCAUGAAGCGUUGGAGACAGUACAUGGAAGGAUUUGGAAACAUGACUGAUGAAUUCUGGCUUGGUUUGGAGAAGAUAUAUGAGCUGACUAACACCCCCACACCGUAUGAGCUGCGUGUUGACCUGGGCUUAGGUUCUGAGACUGCCUAUGCUGUCUAUGACAACUUCAAAAUCGCACCCGCCAAGCAGAAGUUUAAACUUACCAUUGGCAACUACAGAGGAAAUGCAGGGGAUGCAAUGACCUAUCAUCAGGGAAGACCCUUCUCCACGGUGGACUCUGACAAUGACAUUGCUUUGGGCAACUGUGCACUGACCCAUCGUGGUGCAUGGUGGUACAAGAACUGCCACCUGGCUAACCUGAACGGCAAAUUUGGGGACAAUAGACACAGUAUGGGUAUAAACUGGGAGCCAUGGAAAGGCCACCUUAUGUCUCUGGACUUUGCAGAGAUGAAGAUCCGCCCAGUGGGACAUGCCAGCAGGAAGAGGAGAUCACUCACGAUGAAGAGAAGGACAGCUGCUUAG